ACGUUCUAUCAAAUUUAAAUUCUCGAUGGUCCUUUUAUCCUCUUUUUCACCAAAUCCUGGAAGAAAAAUAGAAAAUAAUAUCUUUGUUUUCCGUCACGCUCCUCAGAUCUCACCUUCGUGUCUCCUAUGUCACAUUGCCCUUGCUCUCCUCUAAUUCUCAAAUCUCUUCCUUAAUUAUUUUUUUCGAUGUAAGCAAAAUCUUCAAAAUCCAAUCCAUUUUCGCACUUUGUUCCAAUCUCUAUAACCCCAUUUCCAACAAAUCCCUUCUCUUUUCUUCUUGUUUGAUCUGUAAAAUCCCAUUUCCUCAAGAUCCCAUCCUUUUACCCCUUUGUUCAAUCUUUGAAAUCUCAUUUCUUUGAUAACCCAUUUUUUUCUCACUUAUGAAAAUGAGUAAUUCUCAAGCACCCAAAUCAACAAGACCUUCAAAGGUUUCAACUUUACCUCCUCCUUCAAACCCUCUUAAACCCUCAGUUUCAUCCCACUCAGUUUCAUCCCACCUUGCAAUGGUAGAGCUAAAGCAAAGGAUUUUAACCUCACUUUCCAAGCUCUCUGAUCGUGAUACUUACCAAAUUGCUGUUGAAGAUCUAGAAAAGACCAUCCAAUCUCUUUCCCCCGAGAACCUUCCCAUGUUACUCAAUUGUCUAUUUGAUUCUUCAAAUGAUCCAAAACAAGCUGUAAAGAAAGAAUCUUUGAGGCUGCUUUCAGUGCUAUGUAAUUGCCAUGGUGAAUUGGCAACUUCCCAUUUGACUAAAAUCAUUGCCCACAUUGUUAAAAGGCUGAAAGAUGCUGACUCUGGGGUAAGAGAUGCAUGUUGCGAGUCGAUAGGGGCGCUUUCAGCCCAGUAUUUGAAAGGGGAGAGUGGAGGGGAUACUGUGGGAUUGUUUGUAAAGCCAUUGUUUGAAGCAAUGGGAGAGCAGGACAAAGGAGUUCAAUCUGGUGCAGCAACCUGUAUGGCUAAGGUGGUGGAAUGUGCAUCUGAUCCUCCUUUGGCUGCUUUUCAGAAAUUGUGUCCAAGGAUCCGCAAGCUGUUGAAUAAUCAGAAUUUUAUGGCUAAGGCUUCUCUUUUGGCGGUAGUGACAUGUUUGUCACAGGUGGGAGCAAUUCCACCUCAAAGCUUGGAAGCUUUGCUGCUAAGCAUCCAUGAAUGCCUUGGGAACACUGAUUGGGCGACGCGGAAGGCAGCUGCUGAUGCUUUAAGUGCCUUGGCACUGCAUUCAAGCAACUUGAUUGCAGAUAGAGCGUCUUCUACGAUAACUGUACUCGAGGGUUUCCGCUUUGAUAGGAUGAAACCUGUGAGAGAUAGCAUGACCGAAGCAUUGCAAUUAUGGAAGAAAAUUGCAGGAGAAGGGGAAGAGGGAGCUGCAGAUGACCAGAAAGCCUUGUCUCGUGAUGGUGACAAUUCUCAAUCAGCUGAAUCAUCAGAAAAGAAUGGCACUAAAAUUCCAAGUGCGAUUGAUAAAAAAACACUUGCUUCAGAUUCUGUUUCCGAAGGCAAAGGUGGAAGUAUUAUUGAUAAAGCAGUUGUAAUCUUAAAGAAGAAAGCACCUGCAUUUACAGACAGAGAAUUGAAUCCUGAAUUCUUUCAGAAACUUGAAACAAGGGGUUCUGAUGAUUUGCCGGUUGAAGUAGUUGUUCCUCGUAGAUAUCUUAAUUCUUCAAACUUGAGUGAGGAAGAGUCCAAAUCAAAUGAUCCAGGUGCGAAAAGGAGGUUGAGUGGUGUGGGAAACAGCCAGACAGAUGAUUUUCAUGCAUCUUCCAGCAGCAAAAACCGUAACAUAGAGAGAGGAUCUGCUGGUAUGCGGGAUAAAUGGCCUGAAGAGAAGGUAAACGGAAAUGACCUAAGAAAAAUGACAACUGAUGCUGAUGACAGGAUAGAUGUAAAUCAAAGAGGGCCAUCUGGAAAUCGUUCGAGUUUCUCGAAAGUGGAUGGACAGUCUGAAGGGUCCUUUAUUGGCAACAAAGGAAGUUGGUUGGCUAUCCAGAGGCAGUUAGCUCAGCUGGAGAGACAGCAAGGGCAUCUCAUGAACAUGUUGCAGGAUUUUAUGGGUGGUUCUCAUGAUAGUAUGGUAACUUUGGAGAACAGAGUUAGGGGUCUUGAGAGAAUCGUUGAAGACAUGGCUAGGGAUUUGUCAAUAUCAUCAGGCAGGAGAGGUGGUAACUUUAUGUCAGCAUUUGAAGGAUCUUAUAAUGGACCUUUAGGGAAGUAUAAUGGUUUUUCUGACUAUGGUUCCAAGUUCAGUGGGCGAAUUUCAUUUGUUGAAAGAUUUGCCCAACCUGAUGGAAUUGCCCCAGGUGUGAGGGGGAGGGGACCUUGGAGAUCUGAAAUGCCUGAUGAUGGGGAUUUCCUUGCAUUUGGUGCUUCCAGAAAUGGACAAGUUGUAUCUAGAAGAGCCCCAGCUAGCAGUCACAGGGAUAGUGGAUCACCCAAAUCUGAACAUGAGAGUGAUCAGUUUGGUGGUAGGAGAGGUUGGGACAAGGGUCCUGGGCCUGCAAGGCUUGGUGAAGGGCCUUCUGCUCGAAGUGUCUGGCAAGCAUCAAAGGAUGAAGCUACCUUGGAAGCAAUUCGCGUAGCUGGGGAGGAUGGUGUAACAUCUCAUUCAGGUCAUGUUCCUGAAUUGACUGCUGAAGCUGCUAGUGAUGAUAACGUAGGACCGCAGCGAGAUCCUGUCUGGACUUCUUGGAGCAAUGCAAUGCAUGCCCUUCAACUAGGUGAUAUGGAUUCUGCCUAUGGCGAAGUUCUCUCUACAGGGGAUGAUCUCUUGCUUAUAAAGCUAAUGGAUAGAUCAGGCCCUAUGGUUGACCAGCUAUCAAAUGAGAUAGCAAAUGAAGCAUUGCAUGCUAUUGUGCAAUUUCUUAUGGAGCGAUUGUUUGAUAUCUGUCUAUCCUGGAUUCAGCAGCUGGUUGAAGUGGUGUUAGAAAAUGGACCUGAUGCAUUGGCCAUUCCUAUGGAGUUGAAGAAAGAGCUUCUGUUGAAUUUACAUGAGGCAGCUUCCACGAUGGAUUCACCAGAGAAUUGGGAAGGUUCAGCACCUGACCAACUUCUAUUACAAUUGGCAGCGGCCUGGAAAAUCGAGCUGCAACAGUUUGAAAAGUAAAUCUGCUGGUUUUGGUUUUGGAAUCCUGUGUUGUUUUUGCAAACUUCAUGAUAUGUUACUUUAGCUCGAUAAGUCUUUUUUAAUGAAGUGAAUGUUAAGUGAAAGAAAAAAACAUCAAAUGGCUACUUGUACGUUUUUGUAUCUCAUGUAUGAUAGUGGUCUCUGAUAUAACUGUAAAUGUACUUCCAUUUUACAUAUGCUGGAAAUUGCGGAAAA